AUGGGGCACUACACGACAACUCCAUAUUCCUACCAAUAUACUCACCACUAUCCUCAAGCUGCGUAUUCGCAUUAUUCAUAUGUCCCACAACAAGCCCAAGCCCAAGUACAGAGGCAGCAGACGUCAAUAACUCCUGCAACAGGAGCAACUACUCAGGCCGCAAAUGCCAAUAGUGGGAUGGAUACCGCCGAUGUUGCAACCUUGAAUGAUGUACUUGGAAGCGCGGGUGUUGAUCUCCGGGCGGAGGAGGAAAGCUUGCAGAGGUCCCAUGACUCGCAUCAAUCACGUAAACAACCAGUCACCCCUUCCUUUGACACACGAUAUCUCGGCGCCACUAUGCGCAGCAUUGGCACAGAACACAAGGUGACAAAAAUCCCGGAAGACUCAGUGAAUUACUUGGCGAUCGCUCUCCGUGCCCGUCUACAAGACCUCGUUACUGCGAUGGUUGCUGCAACCUACCAUCGUACGGACACCCAGUUUGACCGUCCGGCAUGUCUGUACGAUAAUGGUACACCGAUGUGGAGCAUAGUCGUACAAAGUGACGUCGCUAAGCAACUAGUUGCGUUGGAGAAGAUUGAGCGAGAGGAAGAGAUUAAUGUUCGGAGAGAGCGCAAAGAACGCGCUGACCUGGCUGCUGCACACGCCGCUAACCUAUCUGCGCAGACUUCAGGUGGCAAUGCCAUGGCCGUUGACGGAGAUGAGGAGGGAGGUGCGAAGAAAAAGAAGAAAAAAGAGGGGCCCAGUGUAACGGCGAGGAAUAUGUCUGAAGAUGUGCGGAAAAAGUUGUCGAACGCUGUCGCAAGUCAGGCUGCUGGACUUGGUGGGAAGUACGCAUGGCUGAAUGCUGCAAAUUCCUCUGCGACAAGUGCUAAACCGAAGGCUGCGGCAUCUUCUGCUGCUGCAACAAGUCCAGCCACCACCACGACCCCCGCGACUACCACAGCUCCUGCAGCAUCAACGACCGCAACAACAUCUUGGGUGCGGCCGUAUGUAGGAAAGAAAGGCAGUCCGACAUCACCACUGACGGGAGAGGAUGAUGAUCGGAUGCUAGUCACAAUGCGUGAGGCGAUGUUUGCCAUAGAGAAGGAAAGAGGUCAUGGAGGAGGUCGCGGAUCCGCCCGCGGAUGGUCGUAG